AUGGAGAUGCAGAUGUUGAGGUGGACGAUAGGUGUAACGCUAAAAGAGAAAGUAUCCAACGACACUGAAAGUUCCAUCUUCGGCGUCGUCCCGAUAACUGAGAAGAUGAAGGAGGCGCGACUGAGAUGGAGUGAGGCCGUUUGGGAGGCCAAAGAUUCGCUGGUUAGACCGUGUGAAGCUGGAUAUGAUAGAUACGUGUUUGUGUACGGCUGA